GGGAUGGAAAAUGUGAAUUUUCUGUGCAUUCCAGGAACAAUUCCUUGGGGGGGGGGGUGACCUUUAGCACUGACUCUCUUAAGAGAGGAGAGUAGCCGAGUGUUUAUCUGGAUGACUGAAAGCUUUCCCUGGUGGAAGUUUAUGGAAGUGUUAAAGGGGGCGGAUAACACGGGCUUUGGAGGCGCUUGUCCAAUGAUCUGGAGGGGCUUGGAGUGCAGAUCUCAGCUGGCAGGCAUUUAAAUGGGAGACAGCUCGGCGCUGCUGCAAUUUGUAGGCAGGAUCCGAGGCUCCCUCUCUAUGGACUCCCGGGCCGCUGCGGGCUCCCACGCCACCCGCUCCGCCGAGUGACCCGCCGCGCCGCGCCGAGGAGCCGCCGCGCCGGGGGCCGCCGCCGCCGCGCAGGAUGGUCCGCAUACUGUGUGCCGUCGGUGCUGUGUUUCUUCUGGUGGGAUUUCUGUUACCGACAGCAGAAGGGAGAAAGAGGAAUCGUGGAUCUCAAGGUGCUAUCCCUCCUCCUGACAAGGAUCAGCCCAAUGAUUCAGAGCAAACGCAGACACAGCAGCAGCCGGGCUCUAGGCAGCGAGAGCGAGGGAAAGGCACUUCAAUGCCUGCCGAAGAGGUGCUGGAGUCUAGUCAGGAGGCACUGCACAUCACCGAGCGCAAAUACCUAAAACGGGAUUGGUGUAAAACUCAACCCCUCAAACAAACUAUCCAUGAAGAAGGCUGCAACAGUCGUACCAUUAUCAACAGGUUCUGCUACGGCCAAUGCAAUUCUUUCUACAUCCCAAGGCAUGUUCGCAAAGAAGAAGGCUCUUUCCAAUCUUGUUCUUUCUGCAAGCCCAAGAAAUUUACCACCAUGACUGUUACACUGAACUGCCCCGAGCUUCAGCCGCCUAGAAAGAAGAAAAGAAUCACCCGCGUUAAGGAAUGCCGGUGUAUAUCUAUCGACUUGGACUAACCUGAGGAGAGUAUUAUACUGACUGCCCUCGGACCGUACGCAGUCAUUGGUAGUGUGAGAGUGAGUGGCACAAACUAGCAUACUUUCAGGGCUGGACACAACUGAGAGGAACCUAGUGAAUUAUUUGAAAAAAAAAACCCCAAAAAUGGACAUAAGGGAAGGACAUGCAUGUGUGUGUUUGUGUGCAAGAAAAAAAAGGAAUGUGUGUAAGCAAAUAGAUGCAUGUUCACUAUGGUAAAAUUCUUUUUCACAGGGGUAUGAAACAUUAAAAUCUAUUUACCCACAGGCUCAACAUCACAAUAAUCAGGUUUCCUAGUGCACAUCCUUAGUUUUCUUCCUGUGCAUCCUUUCCUAGUGCACUUACUGGGAAAGUGGAGCUGUGGCUUUUGCUAAUGUUCACCUGCCGUGCUAUUUGCUUUUAUUGUAUUAAGAGAAACAUCACAGUGAGUGGACAAUAAGUUUGAAAGCAUGAAUCUACUCUUAAAUAUAAAGUAGGCUAAAAGCAGUUAAGGCAUAGCAAAACAUCACGGAAAAUAACAGCUGUGUCGGGAGUUUCUAACAUGCUUCUUCAAAAAACCACUGUUCUCCAGAAGCCAUGUUGGCAGAACAAUGGUGGGAAGCAGGAGUAUGAAAAAAAUCAGUAUAGGUGGAUAGAAAACACAAGUUAGCAGCAAGUUAGAAGGAAAAGGGUCGAAGUAAGUAGAUGGGGGAAUACAAAUGGGAGGAAAAAGAAAGAUACAUAAAUAGCAAGACACAGAAAGAGAUACUGUCUUCUGUUUACGUUUUGCUUUAAUUUAUAGACUUAUUCAUAUAUUACAUAAAUUAAAGAGAAACUAUAUACAAGACUAUAAAUAUAUGUCUGAAUUCUAAUGGCGAUGUUGAGCAAAACCCAUUCUUGUGCCACUAGAUCCAUUGGAUGUCUUGUAUUUCAGAUAUCAGUUAUUCUUCAUAUUUACAUAUAUAUAUAUACACGCAGUAUCUUUUACUCACUGGUAUCUAUACAAGCACACAGUGAGUAUGCCUACUCCAUUGUGUGUAUCUGAACUCUCUGCUCUUUUUCACACACAUACCACAGCGCAGAAAUCUUGCUAACCGAGAUCAAGUACAAAAUGGCAGUAAUUUAGCACAUAAAGAGCAAAGCAAAAAUUAAAACAAGCAUCAUGUGACUGCAAAUGCAAUAACCACACAAGAGACAAAAGACACGACAUCCAUGGCUAGUAAACAUUGCCUUGUUAUUGUUAUUUUAGCUCUGCCACAGGCAUGCAGUUUGUUGAAAAAGACAUGCAGAGCUUUGCCAGCAAUAAUCCUCUUUUUAUAUCUUUUACCACAGGCUUGCAUUUAAACAGGAUUUGGACUAAGUAAAGAGAAUUUCCUGAAAAUUAAAGGCUAACUGCCCCUCUCACUGGGGGGCGGGGGGGAACGGGACAUGAAAGGGGACACACGACUUCCAACAGCUCCGUGUGCCUCACCUGUGAGAUUGUCCCGCGUUUUCUGUCCUUGGGGAGUAGGUGCUGAAGCUAGAGCAGAGCGUGGCUUUGGACAAGCGCGCAGAAGGGCCCACAGAAGAAGCUGCUGCACGUAGGUGGCCCCGGGCCGCCUGUCCUGGGAGGCAGCCGCCCUGCCCCUUCGCCGGGGGCGGUGGGAGCGAGCCCUUGCCUCGCGGCUGGCUCUCGCGGGGUGCAAACCCUCGUGCUUGCCGAGGCGCUGGCUUCUGAAGGAGCUGCCGCGUCCCAGCCGCGAGCCGUGCCUAGGGCACCCUGAGAGAAAAGCCCGCUCAUGGUUUCACACCCAAGAAACUGCGUGUUCCUGUGCCGACUGUCUCAGGUAGCGUUGGCACUGGGCCGUAAGGCAGCCUCUGCUGACGUGAGCGACAGGAGAGGCAGGUCCACGUUAACUGUGCGAUGGGGCUUCUGCAGUCCAGGACUGCGUUUGCCAUUCAGCCACGAUACGCUUUGGUAUCUGCUAUCGGUGCUGCUGCUCUUUCUCACGCCAAAUGCCUCUCUCAGCCACAGGCUGGUUGUCCUGAAGGUAUUUCUGUCCAUUGAGCUGUGAGGAAGACAUUUCUGCUCAUAUUAACAUGUCCAACAGCAAAAAUGUACAGUGGCAUGUCACAGAUGCAUAAAAUGUGCAGUCAUUAUAUUAAAGCCACAGCCGCUACACAAUGUAUUGUGCAAUUAUCAGCCGUAUCCUACAUCUCUGCAAUUAAUGUAUUUUUACUGUAAAAUACAUUGCUAUCAGGUCUGCAUCUGUAAAAUUAAGAGAUUGCAACUCAUUGUUUUGUGUUAUUAAAAUGCAUUGCAUCUGGUAUACUCUCAUUCAGCAGGUUUGACACAUUUAUUCACGGAUUUUAAAAUCCAGUUUUAAAAUCUGGAAUUACAGGAGGUAGAUUUCCACUGUGUGGAAUGUGAAUAGUUAAACAGAAAGAUAUGGAUAUUUAAUGUUAUUAUUAAUACAAAUCCUUUUUCAAAGAUAACUUACAGGGGUUGUUUUCCUUUAAAUUACUUUUUUGAGUUGGUUUGGAGGUGCAAGGGCUGAUCUCAAUCUUUGCUGAAAGUUGUAUACUAGCUAAUGUUUCUGCAGUAAAUGGGCAAACCUUAAGAAAGAAAUUUUAUCUUCAUUCGAAGCUGAUAGCAAAACUCCUAUUGUCUUUAACAGUGAUAGGAUUUCAUCCUAGGCUGCUGUGUCUCUAAACCCUUAGACAUUAAGCAAAGCUUUAGACAUUACUAGCUCCUUUAUUUAACAUUAGGUUAGCAUUCUGAAGGAAAAUUGAUCUUUGUGUUCCAAAACAGCCUAUGCAUAGAUCACAAAGGAACUCCCCUUGAGGCAGAUCCCACCCAUAAAUAUGUAAAUUUUAUACAAAGAACUUUUAUGAAUUGCUAGUUAUUGCCUGAGAGUAAGAAAGUUCUGCUAACUUGCAAUUAUACAAGAUAUUUAAUAUCAACCACAAUAUGUAUUUAAAUGUCUGCUUUAUUCUAAAAACAAUGGACUAUAUAACCUAAGGCUGCGGUAUUUUCAUGCUCGGUCUCACAAAGCAAAACUUGGUUUAAAAUGAAGUUUUAAUUAUUUUGUAACUGAAUAGAAUUGGAGUUUUUUCUUCCCAGCAUUUUGUACAUCAUUUUAACUACUAGUAACAAAUAAAUAAAAAAAUCUUCU